AUGUAUCGUUCCGAGUUGACUAGGCUACGCGCUCAGCCGUGGGCAGGUCAUCAAUAUCACGGUCAUCAGUCAACUCAGCAACAGCAGCAACAGCAUCCUGGUGGCACGCAUACCCGUAAAUCACCGCUCAGCAGCACUAACUCCGGCAACCCCGUCAACCAUCGUAAUCCGAACACCAUCACUAUAACGUCGUCAUCAUCGCAGCAUCAUACGAAUCCGCACGGCACCGCACCAACGUCGCUCUUGAAUAGGAAUACGCCCUUAGGGUCGUCGAGUAUGUCACCGGGUGUGAUGGGUCACUCAUCGGCAUCGCCCUAUCAGCAGCAAGCGAUGCACACCGGUGGCUAUACGUACGGAGCACAAACGUUCACUCGUACACACAAUCCAUACGCAACUUAUCAACAACGUCACGCUUCUCAUCAAGUAGCACACAACAACGCAGCAAGCCAAGGUAGUGUUGCAUGCAAUGGCUAUGGUAACAGCCAGGCGACAAUGGGUUGUUCGAGUGCAGGUAUGACGAGCAGUAGUGCUGGUCAUCAACGUUCAACUAACCGGGAUAGUAAUAAUCCUUCGUCGAAUCGAGAUCCCAAUCGAAUCUCAUCGUCAUCUGCUGCAGGCAGCACACGCAAUAAUAAUAAUAAUGAUUCGCCGCAUUCUGAUGUUCCUCUCUCUUCUACGAAUGUUUAUAUACGUGGCCUCGAUCCGAAAACAACUGAUGAUGACCUCAGGCAAAAGUGUGAUUGUUAUGGUGCUAUUCUUUCGACGAAAGCUAUUAUGGAUAAGACGACUGGUCAGUGUAAAGGGUAUGGAUUCGUCGAUUUUGAAAGUGCUGAGGCUGCGUUGCGUGCCGUUGAGGGACUGAACCAAGAAGGCAAAGUGCAAGCGCAAAUGGCGAAGCAACAAGAACAAGAUCCAACGAAUUUGUAUUUUGCGAACUUACCCCCGAACUUCACCGAACAAGAUUUACAAAAAACGUUGGAGCGUUUCGGAAUGGUGAUUAGCACAAGGAUCCUGAAGAAUCAGGAUGGUGCAAGUCGGGGUGUUGGAUUCGCGCGCAUGGAUAAAAAGGAACUAUGUGAUCAAAUUAUUCGAGAGAUGAACGGCAAAUUGUUCGUUAACAAUAGCACCCAACCGUUGCUGGUGAAAUUCGCUGAUAGCGGUAAGAAGCCGAAAGCUCGAGCCGUGCCAAUGGCCAGCCUUUACUCAAAUGUUGCCCAAAUGGAAAUUCCUCAGUACUACACGAACGCUCAAUACGAGCAACUAAACGGUGGUUACCUACGUGGUAGUCCUGCAACGGCAAUCCCCUAUAUCAUUCCUGCACCCUCUCAGUAUGUUCUGAAUGCACAACCUCAAUAUCAUCACGUCAUACCAGGCUUUACAACGGACGCUCAAUUGAGUGGUUUAACGUCACAACUGCAUAAUAUCUCACUGGCGAAUGCGAAUGCAGUUGUAUCGCAGCCGGGUACCGCUGACAUGAAUGGCAGUGGUACGAACGCAACAAUUGCCGCAUUGACGGCUGCGGUGGCUGGUCAACCCACCGCGCAUACUUCACAUUUACCACAAAUGGCUGCUAUGCAUCCCUCCUAUACCACAUAUCCUGUCUAUCCAUAUCCGAUCCAGUAUAGUAUGCAGACGGGUGAUCCAAACAUGGCCACAGUAACGAUGGUUCCAUCGGCCACUCCACCAACCGGCUAUGUUCCAGCCGGUGAUAUGUUGAUUCACACGGACGGUACUUCAAUAUACGCCAGUCAACCACCACCCCCUCAGCUUGUCAACCAGUCAGCAGCACAACAGCUCGCGGCUGCUGGCAUGACUCAACAAGCUAUCGCCACAGCACCUUCGAAGUAA